UAUUACUUUUUUCAUCUAGAUAAAAUUUAUUGAACCCUUUGUUUAUGGCUCUGAACUUAAUGUUUCAGUUAUUGUUUCUACUCUUUAGAAGACUUUUUUUUCAUUGAUAGAAUAGGAAUAAAAGUAAAAUAAGCAAAAAUAGAGUUAAUCUCUGGAUUCUAAUAUUCCAGUCCUCUACUAACUAAUUAUGUGAAAUUUAUUCUUUUAUGUGAGAGUGUAUGUAUACUUGCAUGCAUGCAUAUAUUUACCCCUUCUCCAGUAUCCUAAUGCUCUGUUCUAAGUUGUGUAGUUGGUGUCUCACAAUACAUAUAGUUUUCAUUUCUUUUUUUCCUAGGCAAAAUGUCCAGUGAUCGAGCUUUGAGGAAACAGCAACAGUUAAACAACCUUGUUUAUGUGGUGAUAAAACAGGCCAAACCUGGUGACAGAAUUGUGGAUUUCUGCAGUGGUGGGGGCCAUGUUGGAAUUGUUCUUGCUCACAUAUUGCCAUCCUGCCAGGUUAUAUUAAUAGAAAACAAGGAAUUAUCACUAAUUCGUGCUAAGAAGAGAAGUGAUGAUCUAGGUUUAAGCAACAUUUGGUUCAUCCAAGCCAACAUGGAGUAUUUUACAGGAAUGUUUAAUAUUGGGGUGGCGUUGCAUGCUUGUGGAGUGGCAACAGACAUGGUGAUUGAGCACUGCAUCAAAACACGGGCUUCCUUUGUCACAUGCCCUUGCUGUUAUGGUUUCAUUCAGAACACCUCAAAGUUUCAUUUUCCAAAAAGUGAACAAUUCAAGAAAACUUUAUCAUACAAGGAACAUAUGAUUCUUUGCCGAUUUGCAGAUCAGACAGCUGUCCAGCUUCCACCCCAAAGAAGGCUCAUAGGAAAACAGUGCAUGUGCCUGGUGGAUCUGGACCGAGCAAGAGCUGCAGAAGAACAUGGUUAUUCUGUUCAAGUGAUAUCCAUGGAGCCAGAGAGCUGCUCUCCCAAAAACAACAUGAUAGUGGGAGUCCCCACUUAGAUUGAGAUGUUUACAUUUGAUAUUUUGCCAUUGGCUCCAUGAUGAAAGCCCAGUGGCAUUCAGGAGGUUCUUGGCAUAAGUAGGAAACAGCAUUAGCCAUCCUGAGCCUAUUGUGCUCAGGAAGGAAAGCAACAGGAAAAUCUUGGAAGAAAGGCUGCCUGCAAAGCAUCACAAAUACUCUUACAAUGUGCCAUCAAGGGCUGGUGGUUUUCAUAGUGAGAAUCCCCUGACGUCUCAGCUGCCAAAAGAAUAAUACUCACCAUUGAAGGUUUCAUUACUGGAAUAACAAUUUCCUUCUCAUUUCACAAGCUUUUCUGAUCUUGCCAAUGUGAUAUUUAAUUCAAAACAAUAUACUUGCAGCCUUUAUUUUAUAAUCUUAGAUAUUUACACACAGAAACUGAGAAACUUUGUGGGGGUUUUGUGUUUUUUUAUAUUUUUCAAACAAUGGUACUUUUAUAAUUUUGUAAAAAUCUAGGAAGGCAAAUACAGUAUGAGUAUUUUUAAGCUGGGGUCAGUUGAACUUAUAUACAUUUAGGAUUAUCCUUUUAAAUAAUUGCCCAUAAAUUACCAAAUGUGAUCAUUUCUGGUUCAAACAUUUUGGGUGAAAAGAUUCUAAAGUCAUUGCAGUAAGUUUCAUCUUGUGGGAAUAUGGAAUUUGGACAUAAAUUCUAAUUAAUUGGCAAAUACAUUGAUAUCUUAAUUCAAGUCUAUUCAUAAUAAUUUAGGAUCCAUUAUUUUCACAACCCUGGCCUAGAUUUUCUGAAGAUAUGAAGAUGAAUUGCAAGAAAUACAAUUUUACCUAUGCAAGUAAAUCAAUUAGAAGGAAAUAUUGAAGAAUGAGUGAAGUUCUUUAUGUCAGACCAUAAUGUAUGGUCUUAUUGUUUUGUUUAAUUCUUGGUAAAAAUUAUCAAACAUAAAUUGGGAAUGUGAAGAGUGCAGAAUAUGGAAGCUUAUUUGAAUAGUUCUGUCUGCCUAAAUUCUUUUUCUUCCAGAUAACAUUUUUAAAGACAGGUUGUAAACUUCUCUUAUAUGCUGCUAUUUAUUUAACUUCACAUGUCCUAGAUUAUUCAAUUUAAGAUUUAUUUUAUUGUUUUUAAUUCCUAUAUGACAUAUAUCAUAAGAGGAAAGAACUUGGAUUGUUCAUCACUGAGAUAAAAAUAGGAAUAAUUUACAAUAAUAUGAAUGGGAGAAGGGAGUUUUGUAGCUGAUUUCCUCACAUAAAUUUUAAGGAAAGCACUACUGGCUCUGAGUAAUUUAGUCUUUUGUGCCUGUAGCUACAAUGCUCCUUUACUGUGGACUUUCUUUUUUAAAUCAAGAUAUCAUUUAUAUACAAUAUAAUAACAAGUUUUUAAGUGUUCCAUUUGAAAAGUUUUAACAACUGUAUGUAACCACACAAUUGCCACCAAAAUAAGAUGUAGAAUAUUUCUGUCAGAUGUUGCCAAAAAUAUGUAUUGAGAAUAUUUUUCUAGUCUGUGGACUAUUCAUUUUCACAAUAAAAGUUUUAAUUUUUAUGAA